AUGGCCAUCGAAUACGUCUACGCCCUGCACGAUUUUGAGCCUCAGAAUGACGACGAGAUAGCCUUUGUGGCUGGAGAAAGAAUCGAAGUGCUAGAAAAGGACGAUGCGUAUGGAGACGGCUGGUGGACGGGUCGAAACCUGGCCGGUCACACGGGAAUUUUCCCAAAGGAUUAUACCAUGCCAGGGCCGCUCAUCCCAGACCUGAGAACUCCGACCGGCAACACGAAUUUCCACGGACAAGCUGGCACAACGAACAAUCAAGCUGCAGGAUACUCUACCUCUUCGUUUCACUCUGCUGGCUAUGGGAGCACCUUGCAUCCACUCACAGAGGAACCCGAGUCCGACACUGCCCAGGGCGCCCCGAUGCCGAAUGGCUCGAAGUCUCAUGGAGGCGGACAGGUCAUGGCCGCGACAAUGACCGACAUUCAGCAAGCAAUCGAUCAGUUUGGUGCGAAUCGUUCCCAUUCGGCAAUGACAGACGACAAUCGUAGCAUGUCGUUUGCAUCGACCCGGGAUGAUCGCACAAGUAUCGACGACAGGAGUCUUAGAGCCUAUGAUGAUCGGAGCAUUCGAGAUAGCAUGUAUGACGAAGCGGACAUUACACCCGGCGGCACCAACCGGAUGACCAUGAACGAGGAUUGGCACCGCGAUGCCAGGAGACGUCUGUUCGAAAAGGUGGACCAGAUGGACAUGGCUAGGAGAUUGGAAGAGGAAUCUGACGAUGCCUAUGACCGACAUCACCAUCGCCCCCCAGUCGAGGCCGAGUUUAGUGACGAAAGCGAGGAUGAAGACGGGCAUCAUCAUCACCACCACCACAGCAGAGAUCCUCAGCAUCACAAGCUUCAUCACGACGAUUCGAUUCCUUCUACGUUGCCCUCAACAUUCGCGCCCGACGCCUCAACUACAUCGUUGCCUAGAGAUGACGCGGGAGGGGACGCCGACGUUUCGAAUGUCUCUACAGCGGGUGUCAAACGAUUGACGGAGAGCCCUGCAAAGGCCGAUAGUCCCACUUUAGCGAUUCAUUCCGAGGCGGAGGUCGAAACGAGGCGUGAAGCAACACCCACACCCGCGCCUGCGCCAGUUACCGGAUCGCAGGACAAACGGGCGAUUACACCUGUCCCUGAGCCAAAGCCGGCGCCAGUGCCUGUAAUGGACAAUACGCCUCCCACGAAGAAAGCGAGCGAGACAUCUGAAAAAACACCUUCGCAGUAUCUCCCCAAUUUGGCACCCACUUCGCCGUUUAGUCCGUUGGUCAACUCUCCUCCUUUAACCGCCACUGCGACGAAUACUAUUUACCCAAUCUCUUCUUCGUCGCAUCCCGUCGAACCGGCCAAGAGCACGCCACCAAAGAGCACACCACCUCUGAGCGCGACGCCAUCGUACGUUUCGUUUCUUCCGUCCCCUACUGCUGCAACAUUCAGCAGCGCACAAAAUGGAACGACGCAUGCACCACCGAGCACAUCGACUAAUGCGCCGGCUACUGUGUCAACUAGUGCGCCGACUAUUUCGCCGGCUCCCCGAACGUCCUCGCCGGCUCCAAAGGCCAUACAGAGUGAGAGGAUCAGUCAAGAGCACGGAAGCACGACUGCACCGUCCUCUGCUGCUGAGCAUUCGUUUGUCUCGACCACUCCUGGUACAGCGGCUUCGAUCAUCUCGACCGCACCAUCUGCGUCCCUUGUGCCUCCUCCGGGAGCUGCAUCCCAAACUUCUCCAAAACUCAAGAAGCCUCCUCCGUCUGAGUGGUCCGUCGAUCAAGUUGUCGAGUGGUUGAAAAGCAAAGGUUUUGAUGAUGGAGUCUGCUCCAAAUUUAUCGAGCAUGAGAUUACGGGAGAUGUCUUGCUCGAGUUUGAUGUCAACAUGCUCAAGGAGAUUGACAUCGUAGCGUUUGGAAAGCGAAUGAAGAUUGCCAAUGCUAUCAACGAGCUUCGCCGGCCACCCUCUUUCGAAUCUUCGGAUGCCGCAUCUCUUAAACCUCAGUCAAUCUCGCAGUUUUCUAUGGGAGGAGCGCCAUCGCAAAUGUCAAGUGCGCCGCAAUCCUCGACUGCCCAGCAGUUUGGCGCAUCAACAUCUAUGCCGAAUAUUGUACCUUCGCACUAUCAGUCACUCAGCCAGAGUACCCAGGGCUACAAUGCCAGUAUCAGCAGCGGUGGCCUCUCUGCGAUGAAUUCUCCAAACAUCUUUGGAAUGCUGCAAAGUCAACAGGCGCAACCUUACCCCAACGGAAACUUUAGCCCUAACCCAUACGUGACGGUUACUGGAGAUACAGCGGGACCGACUGCUUCUACCAGUUAUGAUCAACAACGGAUACCAAAUGCUGGGCAUGUACACGCGAGAGUCGAUUCGGAUCCUGGGGUCAACGCAGUGGGAGAAGCUGCGCGCAUAGCAAUGUCCAUGAGUGGCAUGACGUUAUCGGACAAGGCUGCUACGGUUGGUCAUGGUGCAUCAAAGGGAAAGGGCCGACCAAGCUCUUUGGCAUUAUCUCCAAGUGAUACUGCGCUCGCUCAGAGAGGAGUAGUGCCCGUAUCGGAGGAAGAAGAUGAUCGCACUGCGAUGAGUGAUUCAGAUAUUCGAAAGCGCAAGAAAGAGAUAUUGUCCAUUGAUUCAGCUGCGUCUCGUGAUCCGCCUGACACGCCAAAUUCUCGCUCCGAUACACCUUCUCGUGCCUCUGGGCGGCCGCGUUCAAGUCUUGAUACAAAGCCGUCUGAUCGCCUCAGCUUCUUCAGCGCAAUCUCUCGCAAUCGAAAGCCUGCACCGAGGUACUCAUCCGAUCAAUCCGCAGAACUUGGUUCGCCUAAUAUUAGUCAAACCGAAAAGCAGAAAGUUCACUCCAAACUUUACCUUGCAGGACCGACUCGACCUCCACGUGUGGGCAAGGCAAAGGAGGAACGUGAAAAGGAGAAACGAGAAAAGGAAGAGCGCGAACGCGUCAAGCGAGAAUCUAAGGAGAGGGAAAGAGCGCACGAAAGGGAGAUGGAGCACCCUGCGGGUCCUGCAGGUGUUCUGCGCAAGCGAACGCUCUCUGGGGAUCCUAGGUCAAAUAUGCUCUCGUCGACAAAUGAGAGUCCUAUAAGCCCCAAGACACCGUCGGGUGCCAUUACUCUUAAACCAGGCGAGCCAGUCUUGCCUCAGCUGAAUAGCAUUUUGGGAGAGGCGGAUCACUCUGGCUUUAUGUUGAAGAAGGGAGAGAGGUAUAGCACUUGGAAGAGUCGCUUCUUCUUCCUCAAGGGACCACACCUCUACUAUCUUAGGAGCAAGCAGGAAACUCGCAUGAAGGGUUAUAUUAACAUUCGAGGCUAUAAGAUUAUCGCAGACGAGGCCACUCAUCCUGGGAGAUAUGGCUUCCGUAUUAUCCACGAUACCCAGAAACCCCAUUUCUUCAGCUCCGAAGACCAAGCAACUGUACGAGAUUGGAUGAAGGCGCUAAUGAAGGCCACCAUCGACAGAGAUUUUGCUCGUCCCGUCGUCUCGUCUUGCAAUAUCCCAACGAUCCCAUUGACGGUCGCGCAAGCAAUGAACCCCGCGCCACGACCUCCUUCGCCAAAGGCGAUAGCAGCCGCGCAAAAGGCCAGACAAGCAGAUAACAGCGGCCUGUCCAGUCGCGAUGCUAAAGUUCUUAUGGGUAUCGCAGAAGGAUCUGCCGUUCUAGGGGCCGUGCCCGGCCCCUCUGCUCCUCAACGACCCUCGCGUGAAAUGCGAAGGCCAAGUAUAGUUAACAAGUCGGAAGGUACCAAAGCCGGCGGCUCUAAUUCCAAUGCUGCGCUAAUCCAGUGGAUCAACUCCCAACUUCCCGACCAGACACCUCUGGCUACCGAUCUUUCCAGCUCUCUCUCAUCAGGUCUCAUCCUGUUCCGCCUAGCCGAAUCCAUCAAGUACGGACGUGAUUAUGCAAGUGCACGACUGCGUUCUCCUUCCCCCGAUGAUCCUAUUGUACCCGACCACCUAUUCGAUAAUCAAGAAGAGCGCAUCGAUGGCUUGAUGAAGCUUUUCGACUUUUUGGUCGACAACGACGUCAAGCUCUCUGGAAUCAGCCUUGCAGAUGUUCGGGAUGCCCGACCCGACAAGAUUAUCGCUCUCGUUCGUAGUAUGAAACAGUGGUACGACAGACGAGAGACGAUUGCAAAGAAUGUUGGCGCGGGGGGUCCCGCGAGUAUGAUCACCUGGAUCCAAGGUUAA